AUGAAAGAAAGAGAUGCGUUUGAGCUGAUGAAGUCUGAAACCCAGGGUCAAUUGGUGGAAAUAGAACAAAGCAAACAAGACAUUCGUGUGGAGAAGGAAAAGCUGGAUCAGAUCAAAGCUGAGUUAGAAAGACGAUCUGAAAACAUAAAUCAGGUCAUGGAUGAGACAAGACGGGAGAGGGGGAAGGUUGAAGAACUGGCUAUCCAAACUCAAAAACAAAGAGAAGAAAUGGUGGGUUUCAUGGAAAAGAACAACCAAAAGCAGAACGAACUGGAACUCAUGAAUAACAAGAUUGAAAGAGAGAAACAAGACAUCGAAGAAAGUCGGGAUGUGCUAACAAAGGAGAGAGAGGAGCUGGAACAAAUGAGGAAUGAGACACAGCGACAGAGAGAGGAGACAGAAUCUCACAUGGAAGACCAAAGGAAAGAGAAAGAACAUCUGGAACAAAUGACGACGGACAUGAAAAAACAGUUGCUAGAGAUGGAUAAUGACAAGGAAAUGAUAGAAAGCUCAAUGGGUGAACUGAGAUUGAAAGAGGCAGAAAUGGUGAGAGAAAAGGAGAACAUGGAAAACAAGAUGGCUAGACUCAAAGACGAAGAGGAUAGAAUGCGGGAAGAAAUAGGAAGGAAGGUGGACAACUUGAAGCAGGAAAGUCAUGAAAUCAAAAGACUUAGAGAUGAAAUUGACAGUGAAAAGGACCAGCUGAAUGCAAAAUUGCUUGAGUUGGAAAAAAUGCGUGAAGAACUAGAUAGAGAGAAGAAGGAAGUGAAAGACAGGAAGGAUGAAGUACUGAAAGAGAAAGAUCAGUUGGAAGAGAGGCGAGAUAAGAUCAGUAAGGAGAAAGAGGAAUUGGAUAUCAGUCUUGAACUGAUGAAAAGACAAAGGGAAGACUUGACGAGCUUGAAGGCUGAAGCAGAAGCACAGACCGAGCCUAUGGAAAAAGACUGGAAGGAAAAGCUCACGAGGGAAAGACAACAACUUGAAGAUGUAAAGGAGGAGAUACAGAAGGAAAAAGAAGCCUUUGAGAGAAAGACGGGAUUGACUAUGAAAGAAAGAGAUGAGUUUGAGCUGAUGAAGUCUGAAACCCAGGGUCAAAUUGGUGGAAAUAGAACAAAACAAACAAGACAUUCGUGUGGAGAAGGAAAAGCUGGAUCAGAUCAAAGCUGAGUUAGAAAGGCGAUCUGAAAACAUAAAUCAGGUCAUGGAUGAGACAAGACGGGAGAGGGGGAAGGUUGAAGAACUGGCUAUCCAAACUCAAAAACAAAGAGAAGAAAUGGUGGGUUUCAUGGAAAAGAACAACCAAAAGCAGAACGAACUGGAACUCAUGAAUGUCAAGAUUGAAAGAGAGAAACAAGACCUCGAAGAAAGUCGGGAUGUGCUAACAAAGGAGAGAGAGGAGCUGGAACAAAUGAGGAAUGAGACACAGCGACAGAGAGAGGAGACAGAAUCUCACAUGGAAGACCAAAGGAAAGAGAAAGAACAUCUGGAACAAAUGACGACGGACAUGAAAAAACAGUUGCUAGAGAUGGAUAAUGACAAGGAAAUGAUA